AUGCUUUGUUCCACAACCAGAUAUCGACGUUGGUGUUGUACGUUUUGUGCCGCGAAUACAGCCUUUGAUAAGUUCUCCAUUCGAGCUGGUCGAAAAAUUGUGCAGACAGAUCUUUCAUUAUCGCCAGAAAUACAUGAUCAAAGGCCUGAAAAAACACUAUAUCCUAAAGAGAUAGCGGACGAUAUGGCUCACCAGCUGCUAAAAGACUGUCGUGUUAAUCCAACUGCUUCAUCCAUUCAACUCGGCAUCGAGGAGUUUGCAGAUUUGGCCGCCGGUUAUGAGAAACAGUGUAGAAGUAUGCCUGGAUUGUUCUUGUACGACUACAUCAAACCAAAGAACACAAUCGAAAUGCUCGCCCAGAAACCAGGCGCUGUUCCACCGGAGAACCCAUACCGAUUCGAAAAAGUUCCUUUGGAAGGAAUACGAUUAUCGGAUGCUGACAGAUUUCUCAGUUAA